UGGAGAAGCAGACCCUUCAACUAAACGGCCUGGCCGGCGGAACGAUACUUCGACGUGUUCUCGGCUGCCUAUUGGAGGACCUGGCAGUUUCUUCUAACACAGCUGCGUCCGACUACGGCUUGAAUAUGCUUUACAACAAAAUUCAAGCUACCAUCCAGUAUGCCCUUGUUUGUCGUCAGUGGUUGGCAUUCUUGAAGCCACGCCUUUGCAGUACGCUAUAUAUAAAGAGCCACCCGCCAAAGCUGUCAAAUCUUGCGAGGUUUAAGAAUGUGCUCAAGGGCCUACGUUCUCCAAAGCCACACAAAUUCUGGACGUCAAACAUCAAAUCAGUUGUUUCUAUGGACGGCGCUCGCUACGCCAAAGCACUAUACAUUUUAAACAGCCACCGCGGUCCCAUUCCUACACUUGAUGUGUUUUUGGAUGGCUACGGAUUUGGUUAGGCCACAUGGCCAAAAAUCGAAGACAUCAUCUUUCUCGGCGAGUUUACAUUUCAGGCUGUCGUUGGGGAAGACAGACAUAUCGACCUGGCCC